GACUAUUUCGCGUUGGCGUCCCAUCUGUUGUGGUGGGUGUGGGGUAUCCUUAAGGCCCGUACCUCUCGAUUGCGUUACGGAUAUUGGGAGAACGCGAGGGACAGACUCCAGGCGUACCACAAACAUAAGGAACAGGUGCUCAGGGACUAUGGCCUACAAUAACAUAUAUUUGAUAAUUAUGAACUGGGCAAUUUUAUUCUAUGUUAAUAACACUUUAUAGUCAUUUUUAAAAUUUUAUUAAAGUUUGUCAAAUUUUAAUUUAAUUUUGGUA